ACCACAUUGGACAGAAGCGUCGGAAAGGAUGUAAAAUCCGAUGAAAACGACAAGCUAAAACGUUCGACUUGGAUAAGCGAAUAUUCUUCUUCAUCUUUCAGUCUCUGGCUUGUUGUAGCCUAAACAGUCUACAGCGAGGGCAAACUGUCAUGAUAGCAGAGGCCGGCUGGUGUUCCCAAAGGAACCGUUGGUGAGAGGAGCCCUGGGAAAGGAGGGGUACUGAAGGAUGCCCUCCGCCCAGGGCACGCUGUUGACCCUGGGCUUGGUGCUGUUUGUCGUGGGGGUGGUGACACACUUUUGCAUCCGUUUAGAGCCAGUGCAUCUGCUGGGUAUUUACCUGGGAUUCGGAGGGUUGGCCAUGGUGAUGAUAGGACUGUGUGUUUCUAUGAAGAAAGUGGUGGCCGUCCCGGGUCACUUCCUGUUGCACCCUCGGACGGGCACACGCUUCAGUCAGCAACAGGCUCUGGCCAUACAGAGGAGGUUGGACCGAGUCCGCAGGGAAAUGUCCGAGGACCCGGAGAUCCCGAGGCCCCCCCCGGAGUCCCCCAUGUCCUCCACCCCCCCUCCCUGGGACAUGGAGCCGCCCCCCUCCUACGACACCGUCAUGAAGAACCAGGGCCACGCCCUCCAGCAAUGACCUUUCACCCCAGACGGGGGGACCGAGCCCGUGACACAGGGAAGCGACGACAGCAAAAACAAUGUUUCCGUCCAUCUGUGCCUUCAUGUUGUGGGUGAUGACUCACAGAGGGGGAAACCCCACACCAAAGCUAGUCCAACAAAGUUAACACGACUGUGAUGAGAUCUGUGCCUUAACCCUUCAAAGUGAAAACUCAAGACUAGAGCUGGACCUUUCCAGAGUGGAACGGCAGGAAACACGACUGUAACCUUGACUGAGACCCUCACACAAAACCGGCCUUGUCCCUCCAGGAAUGUCAGUCAGAAUUCUGUCCCCUGAUCUUUUAGAAACCCCUCUCUUCUGCUUGCCCGUCCACAUGUAUCCAUGGGUUCGUCUGUCUGAUGGAAUGAUGACCGCUUGUGUUGACAUGCUCUAUAGUGCCUUGUUGAAAGCAGAGAACGAACAGACAACAUUUCAGUAUUUUUUUCGGCCAGCAAGAUUGUGGCCACCAUUUGGAAGAAUGUUCAGUUGUGUUCUGUGAUGUCACAGGAAACGUGAGUUUGUGUACAAGUGGGUGGAGUUUCAGUUCACAUUUCUACAUGAAUAAGUCUCAGGCUUUAAAUGUACCAAACAGUCAAAAAUAAACAUGCGAU